GCCUUCUCGUGUGUGCCUGCCAUGUACUCCUGUGGGCACCUGUACGCAACACACACACACACUCUAUGUAUGUAUGUAUGCAUCGGGCUGCCACACCACUACUACUAGUCCACUCUCCCAAUGCAAGCGUACGUCUCUCUCUCGCACCAAUAAAACAAGAAAGAGAUCGACAGACGCCGGCACAAGCACAAAGAGAGGCCCCGACCGCGAUGGAUCGUCAGCGACAGACCGACCGUGACACAGCCAACAACUAACACGCACGCGCGCGAGAGAGAAAGAGAGCUGCCCGGGAGAGAGAGAGAGGAAAUCAAACGAAGGCGACGACGUACGGAGACGGCAUGGCCGAUCACCACCACCACCACCACCACGGGCAUCCGCCGGACGGGCCCGGCGGCGCGGGGGACCAGCUGGAGGUAAUCAAGGAGCAGGACCGGCUGCUGCCCAUCGCCAACGUCGGCCGCAUCAUGAAGCAGAUCCUGCCGCCCAACGCCAAGAUCUCCAAGGAGGCCAAGGAGACGAUGCAGGAGUGCGUGUCCGAGUUCAUCAGCUUCGUCACGGGCGAGGCCUCCGACAAGUGCCACAAGGAGAAGCGCAAGACCGUCAACGGCGACGACGUCUGCUGCGCCUUCGGCGCGCUCGGCUUCGACGACUACGUCGACCCCAUGCGCAGGUACCUGCACAAGUACCGCGAGCUCGAGGGCGACCGCGCCGCGUCCUCCCGCGGAGGCGGAGGCGGACCGGCCGGCGCCGCAGACCCCGCGUCCGCCUCGGCCGCCGCCGGUCCCAGCCCCAGCGCCGCAUCAGCCGGUCAUUUCAUGUUCGGCGCCGCCAUGGACCGGCCCGACAACAACUCAUCCGCCGGCGCCAGGCCCUUUUAAUCCAUCCUUCCUCAUCUUGCUUGUUAUUACUCAUCAGAUUCAGAUCAACAACAAAAGCUACCUGCGACGAGCUAGCUUAAUUAGCUUAUUGAUUUCUACUACUGCUACUCAUUUUUUUUGGGACAGGUGAGUCGUCGUCGUCGUAUCGUAUAUCCAAUCCAAAUUCUUGCAAGCUAUAUCUAUCUCUUUAUUAGCGCUAGCUAGUCACAACAGUACGCAUGUAUCGGUGAAGAAGGAAUUGGGGGUUGGGAUGAUACGGUUACCGAUGAUGAGGUACCAUAUAUAUCGGUGAACUCUAGCUGCUUGCUGCUUAAUUAUUAGUGUUUUUUUUUGCUCCUAA